ACUCUCGAUUCCCUUUUUUGGGAAAAAGUCAAAACCGUUCAACCAGCUGCUGAAAACAGAUCGACCACCUUUAAACUAAUUUUCACUUUGAAUUCACUUUUCAGACAAAGUUUAUGUAGUUUAGCAGCGGCUGUAAUUUGUAGCUUUGUGUGCGUCAGUGCGUCAAGCCAGUAACGGUCGUCACGUCGGACGUCAGCUGGAUUAUGAACGGUGAAAGAUCCAGACCGGACUCCCCCCUGUACGGGUGAUGGCAGCGCGUCUGCAGUCAUAUGACAGUAACUCCAGUGACACCGAAAACUGGGAACGAAACGCAACAAGCCGACCUCGCAAACUCUGCAAGCAUUCGAGCAGCAACCAGGCCCGCGCAUCUCGAGUGGAGGCAGAACAGAGGAAGAUGAGCCUGCAUGGUGCCAGUGGGGGCUGUGACCGCUCACGUGACCGCCGCCGCUCCAGCGAUCGCUCCAGGGACUCCUCACAUGAGAGAGAAGGCCAACUCACGCCCUGCAUUCGCAACGUCACCUCACCCACCCGCCAACACAACAGUGACCGUGAACGAGAUGGUGGCCCAUCAUCGAGACCCAGCAGUCCUCGGCCUCAGAGAGUCUCUCCCAGCGGCUCCAGCAGCAGCGGGGUGGUGAGCAGUCGCAACAGCAGUCUGUCCAGUACCGAAGGCACCUUCAAAAGCUUGGGAGUUGGAGAAAUGGUUUUUGUCUACGAGAAUCCCAAGGAGGGAGGAGCGAGCGCCACUGUUGGCAACCGAAACAUUAGAACUUCAGAGAGAGUCACUCUGAUCGUUGACAACACACGCUUCGUAGUAGACCCUUCCAUCUUCACUGCACAACCCAAUACAAUGUUGGGCAGAAUGUUUGGAUCAGGAAGAGAGCAUAAUUUCACACGACCCAAUGAGAAGGGGGAGUACGAGGUGGCGGAGGGAAUCAGCUCAACGGUUUUCCGAGCAAUUCUGGAUUACUACAAAUCUGGGAUAAUCCGUUGUCCUGAUGGAAUCUCCAUCCCGGAGUUGCGGGAGGCGUGUGACUAUCUAUGCAUCUCCUUUGACUACAGCACCAUCAAAUGCAGAGACCUUAGUGCCCUGAUGCAUGAGCUGUCCAAUGAUGGAGCUCGGCGACAGUUUGAGUUUUACCUGGAAGAAAUGGUUCUGCCUUUGAUGGUGGCCAGUGCCCAGAGUGGAGAGAGAGAAUGUCACAUUGUAGUCCUUACCGAUGAUGAUGUGGUAGACUGGGAUGAAGAAUAUCCACCACAAAUGGGAGAAGAGUACUCACAGAUCAUUUACAGCACAAAACUGUACAGAUUUUUCAAGUAUAUUGAGAACCGAGAUGUUGCCAAAUCAGUUUUAAAGGAGAGGGGAUUAAAGAAAAUACGACUGGGUAUUGAAGGUUAUCCUACAUAUAAAGAGAAAGUCAAGAAAAGACCAGGAGGUCGUCCAGAGGUCAUUUACAACUACGUCCAGAGGCCCUUCAUCCGCAUGUCCUGGGAAAAGGAAGAGGGUAAAAGCCGCCAUGUGGACUUCCAGUGUGUCAAGUCCAAGUCCAUCACUAACCUGGCGGCAGCAGCAGCGGACAUCCCCCAGGACCAGCUGGUGGUGAUGCACCCUGGCCCCCAAGUGGAUGAACUGGACAUCCUACCUAACCACCCACCUAGUGGGAAUCACUACAGCAACAACUACAGUAACGAGCCUGACGCUGAUGCACCUUCACCUGCUGUCUGAGGACACACUGGUCCUCUCUCAAUGCCUCUGCCCCUCUCCUAUUCCUCCAGUCCCUCUCCCAGCAUGCUGCAGCAUGGAGCGCCAGGGGCACCAUAACCAUAUUGCCUUGACACCUCCUUUGCAGCCUUAGAGCCUCAAGAACCUGGUUGACUGUAGAAAAAGAAACACGACGGACAUACGACUGGUGGAAGGAAGUAUUCAGUUAUUUUCAUUUGUUUUUUACUUGACCAAAGGAAUUUAUUUUUCUGUUUGGAAUAAAUUCAGCAAAACACUUAUUAUUAUUAUAAUUAUUAUUAUUAUUAUUAACAUUAUUAUUUACAAUGUUGUUGUACCUUAAUUUGAUGGUUUUGGCUGAGCACUCUUGUAGUGUCACUGUUUUCUCACUGGUUUUAUUUCACUGAUGAUGAUUUUGAUUUUCUUGGGAAGCCUAACUACUAAAUGUGCUUUGGAGGGAGAGUACAAGACAUACCAUGGAGAGAAUAUGACUUCCUGGUCAUGCAAAAAAAAAAAAAAAAAAAAUUCAGUCACCACCACUCAGUGUCAUGAUCUCCAGGUGAACUCCUCUCAGAUGUCUUUGAAUCUUGUAACGGGGUAUGUAGUCAUUGGCUGGAUCUGAUAUGUGAUGUUACGCUCCUCCCGCAACCAAGAUAUUAAGCAGAGCACAGGCUGUUGUGGUCAGAAUCUUUUUGUGCAAAGCUUGAAAUUGUUGUUUAAGAAUAAAAGUUAAAAUCAUGAAAUAAAGACAUCAAAAUAA